AAACUUUUAUAACGUGCCGAAAAUCUAAAACAAGCAAAGUUCGUUAGUCGCCCUGGCAACGAGAGUCGCUAUUGAUAAAACUUCCCCUCACUGCAAAUGAAAUCGUGAAUAUAAUUCCUCUCGUUUCAUUAAUACAGAAGCAGAGCCAAUCUGGUUAGAUUGCUACUGGUUCGAAUUUCAAAAUAUUUUGUUUUGAGUCGCAUGAUGGGGGAUUUGAAAGACAAGAGCAUUCAUUUCACGGCGCAGACAAUAUCCGAGGAGAUCAAACAGAUGCCCAUGUAUAAAGGCUUUUACAACGAGGUUCAGAAAAUUGUAUCCUCAUCAUGCGUCUCUAAAACCAAUUUCCGUCCGAGCCUCCUUGCUGCCAUGCGACAAACAGGGUUGGAGGUCGAGCUGAGGAACACCGUUUUCCACUGGCUCAGGGCUCACCCUGGACCGAAAGGUCGCUACCCUUCUGGCAGUGUUAUCGGUUCGAAGGAGCCAAUUUCGUAUUUGAAGAAAGCACAGGUUCAAUGGGAGAAGAGAAUUCAAAAGUCACUGACUUCAAUGUGCACAGAGCUAAAUCAAGUUCUCUCAAAGUGCAGGACGGCUUCUGAUAAAGAGGAGAUGACAGAAAAGUGGACAGAACACAGCACUUAUGACAUAGAUUUAAGCCAGUAUCGCCCAGUUUACGCACCGAAAGAUUUCCUUGAUGUGCUCCUGUGGAUCAGAAGUCCAAAUCACAGAAGUUUAGAUGGCGAAGGAACCUGGGAUUUCAGUCAAAUUCCGUUAAAAGUAAAAACCUUAAGUGAACUUAAAAGUCUCUUUCAAGAAAUUACCCAAGGGGAGCCUUUACUAGGAGUAAAUUCUAGUAUGCCAGCCCAAAGUCACGCUAAUAUAGAGGCCGAAAGAAUAAAUCUCGGAGAAAAAGUAAUUUCAGGCAAUCACGCUCCCGUGGCACAGGAAUUCCUCAAACGCGGCUGUCCCAAGUGUUUAAGGGGCAAAAUCUGGGCGCAAGUGCUCGGUUCACAAGUCAAAGACGAGCACCUGGAACAAUUUGAGGAGUUGAAGCAAUUUGUCCUUCAGUAUGAUAUGAUUGUGGACAAACUUCUAAUCAAAGAUGUACAACUAACUGCUUCCAAUGACGAUCAAUAUUUUGUGUUUGAAGACGUUCUUUACCAAAUUAUGCUAUGUUUUUCGCGGGAUACGGAGAUUCUGAAAAUAUUUAACAAUAGCUCAAGCACCCCAGUGACUGGUUUACUGAAGGGUAAAAAUGGAACCUUUGAAAAUUCAAUUGUUUUCCCACCAAGUGGUGUAAUUCCUUUCCACGGCUUCACUAUGUAUGCAACUCCAUUCUGCUACAUGUACGACGAUCCAAUAAGCCUGUACUUUACGUUCCGAGCUUUUUACAUGAGAUAUUGGUUCAGGCUUCAUGAAGUUUCCUCACAUGAGCAGGGAAUUCUUUCGCUGUGUCUCCUUUUCGAGCGUCUUUUGCAGAGGCACGAACCGACUCUCUGGUCACAUUUCAAAAGAAUAAACAUUCAACCGAUAAAAGUUGUUUUCAAGUGGCUAAUGCGUGGAUUUUCCGGCCACCUGCCGCCAGAUCAAUUACUGGAUUUGUGGGACUUAGUCUUAGGAUACGACUCGUUAGAGGUUUUCCCAAUUUUGGCCGUCGCCAUCCUUAGUUUUAGAAAAGACAACAUCCUUGAUGUUGACACAAUACAAAAUAUAGAGGCUGUCCUUGCAGAUUUGUCAUCACUUUCUGUAAUCGCUCUUGUUCAGUUGGCUUUGAUGAGAGACACGAUUUAAUCAAGAAUAUACAUAUUACAUACCGAUUGAUCCGUACUUGAAAAAGUUUCAAACGCUUCGCCUGCGAGCUAUGCAACCUGCAUGCCAUCAUCAGCAUUGGUUUUCCCAUAGCGUGCU